AGAGCUCUAAUGCUGCUAGAUAGCGCUAGAUGUCCUGCAUAAAAUAUUUUGUGUCCGGCUCUCUACCACCUUCCUGGCAGACCGUUAUCAGUCCUGUAUAUCUUGAUCCGUGGCCGAAAUAAAUAUUCUGUGAUAACACGCGAUAGUGAUAACCGAUGCGGCUUGGAUGUUCGACUCGAUUGCUGUCCAGUGUCUGCCGUUAAAAUUUUUGGUUUUUCAACAUCAUCAUCGAGUCCUGUUCGAAUAGAAGACGACGGGCCAACGUUCGCGGUCGGCGAGAAAGAUGAUAUAGAAGAGUCUUAUUCAAGUGUUAUCGAAUACCAAUCGGACGAAUCUGUACACUGACUGUACACAUAAAACGUUUGUACUCUCAUGCGAUAGUAUGUUCGUCAAAACGUCAACCGGAAACCUUGCGGACCGAGUGGCCGCAUUGUGUUUGGAAAAAUUCGACAGUUUAUCAACCAAGGGCAAACCUGUAGCCGGCCAAGAAUGGACGUUGUUGUCGGGUGUCGUUCAGUCAUCGGUCGAAGAUUCAAUAGAUCGCUUGAAAGUCGUCUCCAUAGCCUCCGGGACUAAAUGUAUUGGUAUGAAUAAACUGUGCGCCAACGGCACGGUGAUCAACGACAGUCAUGCCGAGGUUUUGGCGCGUAGAGCUUUGUUGAGGUACUUUUUACAAGAAAUCGAAUCGGCUCGCGAAAAACGGCCGUCGAUAUUCGUUUCAGCACCAGACGGUUCACGAGAGAGUCCUGUAGAGCCCUCUGAAAGUCUCUCGUAUUCUUCUAGUAAUCCUCGUCACCUUCUUGCCCUACGACCUGACAUAAUGUUCCAUUUUUUCUCUAGUCACACGCCGUGCGGUGACGCUUCGAUAUUUCCCAAAGACCCUAGUAAUGAUGAUGUCAAACAUAUGUCCGAUAAACGGUCGGCUUCUGAAAAUGUAAACGAAUCAGUUGGACCAGACGUGAAGAAACGCAAAUUUUCAGACGACGACGAUGACAUACACCGAACCGGAGCUAAAUGUCUAAAAGACGAGACCAAGCAAGAUCCACAUUUGCCGGGUACAGCCUACCACGUGGUUGGAGCAGUUCGAACAAAACCAGGCCGAGGGGACCGGACUUUAUCCGUCUCGUGUAGUGACAAGUUGUUCCGGUGGCACACAAUUGGCGUGCAAGGAGCUUUACUGUCGCUGUUGAUCGAGCCGGUGUAUUUGUCAUCGUUGAUCGUGGGCGGAGGUUGUCCGUUCUCUGAGCUCGCUUUGCGUCGAGCAGUAAUCGACCGAGUAAUAGAUAACGGACUUGAGCCGAAGUCUGACCGACCGGCGUUGCAGCUGAUGCGAUCUGUUUUAGAAUUCGAACAUGCCAAACACCGAUUGGCUGUGACCUGUAAACCUUGUCCGUCCAGCGUGGUGUGGUGGGAAGGUGACAGCAGUUGCCAUGAGGUGUUGGUGAACGGCCGCAAACAGGGUGCGACGAAGAAAACGAUGCACAAGCCAAGCAGCUCGUCGGCGCUGUGCAAAAAGUCGUUGCUCUUAGCGUUCAAACGUUUGCGGGACGUCGGCGACGACGAUCGGGCUACGUACGCGCAAAUCAAAUCCAAAGCUACGUGGUACCGGCGCCGAUGGACGGCGGUCAAGACUCGGUUGGGUUGUUGGACGGAAAAACCUGAGGGUUUGCUGGAGUUCAUAUGACACGUGCCAGGUCCAGCGGGAUGAGUGAGAGAGAGAGAGAGAGAGAGAGAGCGUGAACGUAAGGCACAACAAAAACGCCGUUUAUAAUAACAUUUAGUAAUAUUUUGAGCAUUGCAUUGAAAAACUACACAAAUAAUGAUACAAUUUUUCGUUUUUCCCGUAAACUCUAUGUACAAUAAUUAUGUAUAUAUUCUUGUCUCGCGUGUGUAUAUAUA